CGCAAAAGAAGCAAAACUUUCAAACAUACGCACGUGUGUUGUGUUUAUCAGCGGUGCGACUGCAUUUGAGAUUAUCAACACAUUUGUAAUUUUAGGCUAUAUCAAGUACCUUGGUGUAUAUGGAAGUAAUUAAUUUUCCUAUCACUUUAAAAAUUUAAAUUAACUAAAUCCCUGAAUAGUGCUAUGGCUGGAGAAAAACAGGGCGACCCUGAAGAGCGGAAUUUGCGUGACUUCCAGACUAAGAAUUUUGGAAUUCCAAAACAUAAGCAAUCUAAGGUAUUGCAAGAUAUAAGCCGUCCUCAUGUGGAAUCAUUUAAUUACAUUCUGAAAGAAGGUUUAAAAAACAUGAUUGAGAAUAUUCAACCAUUGGAAAUGGGUCUUCCAAAUGGGGAUCAUCUUAAAGUGGAAUUAAGAGACUGCUACAUUGAGAAGCCAACUAUAAAAAAAACAGCACGUGCAACUACAUAUAAAAUGUAUCCAGCAGAGUGUCGGUCUCGCUUAUCAACUUAUAAAGCAGAUCUUCAGCUUACAUUUGCUUGGAGCUUGAAUGGUGUAGUGCAAGAUAUACCUAAAAAGUGUCUUGGAGCAAUUCCUGUAAUGGUAAAGUCUGAAGCAUGUAAUCUUCAUGGAAUGAAACCACGAGAGCUGAUUGCUGUUGGAGAAGAAGAAAAUGAAUUUGGUGGUUAUUUCAUUAUAAAUGGUUUGGAAAAAGUGGUGAGAUUGCUUAUAAUUCAAAGAAGAAAUUAUCCCAUUGCUAUGGAAAGGCCUAACUGGAAGAAGAGAGGUGAUAUGUUUACUGAAUUCGGGGUUUCAAUCAGAUGUGUGAGAAGUGAUCAGUCUGGCAGUAACAUGGUGCUACAUUAUUUGUCAGAUGGAACUGUAAAACUUAUGUUUACUUAUAAGAAGGAACUUUUUUUUGUCCCUAUUAUGUUAAUACUGAAAGCUUUAACAGAUAAGUGUGAUUUGUACAUUACCAACAUGAUAACAAAAGGAAAAAGAGGUGAUACCUUUUUUCGAGGGUGCAUUGUUAAUAUGUUGCGUCAGUUAAAUAGCAAAAAAAUAUUAGUUCGAGAGCAAGCAUUAAAUUAUCUGGGUGAAAUGUUCCGCAUAAAACUUGGUCUUCCUGCCUGGUAUAGUUCUACUGAAGUUGCCAAGUUUCUCAUUCACCAAUGUAUUUGUGUUCAUCUGAAAACUGAAAGAGAAAAGCUUGUGUUGCUCGCAUUCAUGCUUCAAAAGCUGUUCUCUGUUGUAAAAAAAGAAUGUGCAUUGGAAUCUCCAGACAAUCCCAUGAAUCAAGAAUUACUUUUGCCAGGCCAUUUGUAUCUGAUAGUUCUGAAAGAAAAGCUCUAUUCUUGGCUAAACUCUUUGAAAAUGGCAAUAGAACGUAAACUGAGAGUUGACAGAACAGCCAUUGUAGAUCUAGAAAUAGGUGCUACUGCUACAAAAGAACAAGUUAUUAAAAAUCUUGUCUCCGAUUACAGACCUCUUAAAACCAAAACUGUGAACAUUGAGAUGACUGUUCAAGAUUUAAUCUUGCAAGGUCAUGUUUUACUGUAUCUAGAUGAUAUAAUAAUUCCUGCUAAAGAUGAAGAUGAAGGGAUUCAGCGUUUGAAAUCCGUCUUCUCAGUAGCAUCCGCUUAUGGACACGAAAUUAAUUUUAAGAAAUCUAAAUUUUUAAGUCGCAGAAUUGAAUUCCCUGGUCAUGUCAUUGAAAAUGGUCAACUGCUCCCAUCUCCUCUUAAAACAGCCGCUGUUAUUAAUUAUCCUGAACCUAAACGUCACAAAGACUUACAAAGUUUCCUUCAUCUGCACAGUGAUACCGAAAUACAAACUGAUGCCAGUAUGCAUGGUUAUGGUUGUAUACUCAUGCAAAGGUCUAUGAUUGAUAAUUGCCUACAUCCUGUUUAUUACAUGAGCAAAAAGACAUCUGACGUGGAAAAGAAAUUCACCAGUUACGAACUUGAGGAAUUACUUGUUGUUCCAGAAUCAAUGCAGAGUGACAUAAUUAAAGAUGCAUAUCUUCGUGGACAUUUCACUUCUAAACGACCUGAAGAACUCGUCAAACUAGAAUUUUAUAUUCCUAAACUUAAAGAUAAAAUUGACAACUAUAUUGCUAAUUGUGUUCCUUGCAUACUAAUUAAUCGUAAAUGUAGUAAACAAGAAGAGAUCCAGUCAGAUUUCGUCAACGCUCGUGAUGAUCUUCACAAGGAAGCUAAACAACAGAUUUUGAAAGUUCAGGCUGAAAAUCGUAAAACUUGCAAUCUGCAACGUAAACCAUCCC